AUGGUUACGAACGCCGAAACGUGUGGCUCGGACGGCACACUGACAUCGGCGCAGAUUGCACAGUUCCAUCGCGACGGGUAUCUUUUGCUGCCGUCGUUCUUCGAUCCCACCGCACUGCUCGCGCACAGCAAGCACCUCAUCUCGAGCUUCUCGCUCGAAAAUCACCCUCUGACUGCGUUCACGACGUCGUCCGAAGAAGAGGGCGAAGAAGCGCACGUCGGUGAUCGCUACUUCCUCGAGUCAGGAGAUCGGAUCCACUACUUUUUCGAGCAAGGUGCGCUCGACGCUACCACCAAGUCGCUUCUGGUACCCAAGGAUCGCGCUAUCAACAAAUGUGGUCAUGGCUUGCACAUGCUCGAUCCCGUGUUUCGCGAGUUUUCGUUCAGCUCCAAGCUGCAAAAUGUGGCUCGCAGCUUGGCAGUGCAUAAGGAUCCACGUGUGUUGCAGAGCAUGAUCAUUUGCAAACAGCCGAGUAUCGGUGGAGCCGUACCGAGUCACAAUGAUUCCACGUUUCUCUAUACUGAUCCACCGAGCGCGAUAGGAUUCUGGUUCGCACUGGAAGACUGUACGACAAGCAAUGGAUGUCUGUCUUUUCUCCCCGGAUCGCAUCGAUGGCCAAAGAACCCGCCUCCCCCACCGCCCGCCUUCGAGACCGCCAGACCGCUCGACGUCCACAACGAGCACCUCGGAAUCUCAAGAGGCGUCAACAAACGUUUCGUCCGCAAAAUCCCAUCCAACCCCGACGCUGGAACCACCUUCCUCCCGCUCUCCGAUACCGAAGAAUCUAGCUGGAACGACGAAUCUGCCCAAACUGCAGAGUGCACCGCAGGCACCUUAGUCCUCAUCCACGGCUCAGUGCUCCAUAAGAGCGAAAUGAACCUCAGCGACAAGAGCAGAUUCAUCUACACGUUCCACAUGAUCGAAGGUGACACAGAAAUCGCCAAGUACGAUGAGCGCAACUGGCUACAGCCCACCCCGCAACAUACCUUCCCGAGCCUGUUCGAAAAGCAACAGCCAUAG